AUGUCCGCCAACCGCGGCGCCACAAUCAUCCUCCACUCCCUCGAACGCUCCCGGUCCCAACGCAUCCUCUGGCUCCUCGAAGAACUGCGCCUCACCUACGAGAUCCAACCGUACAAACGCGACGCCACGCAGCGCGCCCCGGCCGCCCUGAAGCACCUGCACCCGCUCGGCAAAAGCCCCGUGCUCACCAUCGCGCCGCCGCCCGCGACAGCCCACCACCACCACCACCAACAACAACAACAACAACCACCCCCGCUAAUCCUCGCCGAAUCCGCCGCCAUCAUCGAGUAUCUGGUGGAUCAUUUCCUCCCCCCGCCGGCUCCGGGUGCGGAUCCGCACCCUCCCCCAACGCUGACCCUCCCGCCGCGCUGGACCGCCGGCCGCGAGAACCAGCCCGGCGGGGAGACGGCGGCGUGGCUGCGGUACCGGUAUCUGAUGCAUUACGCGGAGGGGAGUUUGAUGCCGUUGGUUGUGGUGCGGGUUUUGAUGGAUGUGGUCAAAACCGCCCCCGCGCCGUUCUUCAUCAAACCCGUGCUCGGGAUCGUGCCGGCCAUUGUGAACAGGGAGUAUACGCGGCCGAAUCUGGAGACGCAUUUUGGGUUCUUGGAGGCGCAGUUGGAGAGGAUCGCGGGGGAGGGGGCGGGGGCGGCUGCUGCUGCCCCUGCCUACCUGACCGGUGCGCGGUUCACCCCGGCAGAUAUCCUCAUGAGUUAUCCGUUGGUGAUUGCUGAGGAGAUCAAGGCGAUUGAUCCCUACCGGUUCCCGCGGCUGCGGGGGUAUGUGAGGGGUUUGAGGGGCAUGGAGGGGUAUCGGAGGGCUGUGCAGGUUUUGGAAGAGGUCGAGGGGCAGGGGUAUAGGCCUUUUUGAUGCGGUUCUGUGGGUGUAGGGUAGUUGGUGGUUGUUGGGGGUGUCGAGGGCUAGUCGUGGGGUGGAAGUAUUCGAAAUGGAUGGCUGGAGUGCCGAGUACAGUACUACAUUAUAGAUCUCUUGUUGGGGAGGGGGGGAGG